CGUCACUCGCUAUCACUUUUAUAGAGAAAAUAACAUUUUGAACUGGACCCACUGGUGCCUCGGUAACCAGCCGCCGAAAUAAACAACCGCCCCGGUUCCUAUUAUGCACUAUUCGCGUUCGCACAGGCGCCACGACCUCGUCAAGUUCAUGUAUUAUCCUAAUCCGAUCGCUGUACGCGUCCGCCGCGACGAUAAACAUUGGAAAAAUUUGUUUUAUUAGAUACGUGUUAGUGAAAACUUUCGAGCCUCCCAAAGAGAAAUCCGCCCGCGACACAGAGGCGCUCGUUACGGUAAAGUUUCGUCGUCGUUCGGCGUACGCGUUCGAAAUUUGAAAAACCUAUAAGUGGCGACAUCUAAGUCUCUCACUAAACUACUACCCAAGUAACUUGUUGUGUAUUACACUUACUAUAUAGUUCGUGUGUACGUGUUGGUGUUGAUCUCGUGCGUUGUAAACAAUGGCAGACACAGCAGUCGCAACCGAAGCUCCGGCUCCAGCUACACCGGCGAAGAAGCAGGCGAGGCAGGCUGGCGGUGCGAAGAAGCCGAAGGCGAAGCCCACCCAUCCUAAAACAUCUGAGAUGGUAAACAGCGCUAUCAAGGAGAUGAAGGAGCGCAGCGGAUCUUCGCUGCAGGCGAUCAAGAAGUACAUCGCCGCUCAGUACAAGGUAGACGCUGAGAAACUAGCUCCGUUCAUAAGGAAAUACCUGAAGAGCGCCGUCGAGUCUGGCGCUUUGAUCCAGACCAAGGGCAAGGGAGCGUCCGGUUCUUUCAAGCUCGAAUCGAAAUCUGCCGCCGCCAAGAAACCAGCGGGCGCUGCGCCCAAGAAGGCCGCGGCCUCCGCAGCCACGAAGACCAAGAAGGCUACCGCUUCAGCUGCCGGAGCCAAGAGCAAGAAGGCCGCGGCCGCUGCUGCAUCUGCGUCCGCCGCAUCGGCUUCGCCCUCCAAGGCGAAGUCGUCCGCCGGCGCUGCCGCUAAGGACAAGAAGGCCGCCGCCGCUAAGAAGAAACCGGCGCCCAAGAAGGCCGCCGCUCCGGCCAAGGCCAAGGGAGGCGCCGCACCUAAGGCUAAGAAGACCGCGAAGCCGCCUACAAAGAAACCUAAGGCACCCAAGCCGAAGAAGGCCGCCGCCACCCCUAAAUCGAAGCCGGCAGCCAAGAAAGCGUCCGCAGCCAAGAAGUAAACAUCUGACGCGCGGCGUUCCCGGUUUACCGGCGACGCGAAACGCGGCGACGGAAGCGGCAGCCGGCGCGGACGUUGCGCCGGCUCGGUUCGGGCUCGGCUCGGCUCGGCCCGGCUCAGCACGUCCAUCCACAACAUCCGUGCAGCGCGCUGUCAAUGUGAUGUGAUGUGUGUGUGUGUGACGGUGGCAAGUGUGCGCUUGUGUAGUGGAACUAAACACCAUCCACCCACCUUGUGUACCUACUACACCACAUCGCUCGGAUCGUGGUCGACGUCGACGUCGCCCGCCGUGAACCGUGCGCGCUCCUCACAGCCAAGCUAGCCUGCAUCGCUUACGUUCGAAGCGUACAUCGUCGUCCUCGGGAAGUAGGGCGCUGCGCGCUCGCUCACAGUGUCUCGAGUCUCUGUCAACAACAACAACAACAAAUGAAGAAAAUCAAACGGCGGCAACAAGAUGCUCAGCGGGAGUGUACGCGCUCUCAAACGCGGCGCUCGUAGAGCGCUUCAAAAAAACAGCCCUUUUCAGGGCUAACAA